CCCGUAACAACCGCUCGAGCCUCGCCGCGCCCCUCCCGCUCCCGCCCCCCCCCCCCACCCCGGUCCACUCCCCGGAACCGGCGGCGGAGCUGCGGCCGCCGGCAGUAGAACGGCGACGGCACCACGGAGCCGCCGGCAUGAGCGCCCCCCGCCGCCCCGCGUCCCGGGCCCGGCCUUUCUGACAAGAGCUAGACUUUGGGCGCCUUGAAGAUAUUCUGUUUUGUAGGUUCGAAUAUUCUCUGACCGUAUUCAACAUGAAGUGACAUCCUUAAUGAUUAUUCUCAGCAGGACAGGUGUGAGACGGUUGCUAUUGUGUUACAAUCAUGGUGCAGAAAUACCAGUCACCGGUGAGGGUGUAUAAACACCCCUUUGAAUUAAUUAUGGCUGCCUAUGAAAGGAGGUUUCCUACAUGUCCUUUGAUCCCGAUGUUUGUGGACAGUGACACUGUGAAUGAGUUCAAGAGUGAAGAUGGGGCUAUUCACGUUAUAGAACGGCGCUGUAAGCUGGACAUAGACGCACCGAGGCUGCUUAAAAAGAUUGCAGGAGUUGAUUAUGUUUAUUUUGUCCAGAAAAACUCACUGAAUUCUCGGGAACGUACUUUGCACAUUGAGGCCCACAACGAAACCUUUUCUAACCGGGUCAUCAUCAAUGAGCACUGCUGCUACACCGUUCACCCUGAAAAUGAAGAUUGGACUUGUUUUGAACAGUCUGCAAGUUUAGAUAUUAAAUCUUUCUUUGGUUUUGAAAGUACAGUGGAAAAAAUUGCAAUGAAACAGUACACCAGCAACAUUAAAAAAGGAAAAGAAAUCAUCGAAUACUACCUUCGUCAGCUGGAAGAAGAAGGCAUAACGUUCGUGCCCCGCUGGACUCCCCCUUCCGUUGCCCCGUCCUUGGAGGCCUCCUCGUCGCGUAAGAAGCAGGCGGCGUCCUUGGCUAUUGUGGUUCCAGACGCUGCCCAGGCGGAGGGGCCGGGUAGCGAGGCCCUCAGCAGCCCCAGCGGGCCGCCCGAGCCCGCGGCGGGGACCCCGGACGACAAACUGGAUGCGGACUACAUCAAGAGGUACCUGGGUGAUUUGACCCCGCUACAGGAGAGCUGCCUGAUCCGGCUUCGCCAGUGGCUCCAGGAGACCCACAAGGGCAAAAUCCCGAAAGACGAGCAUAUUCUUCGGUUCCUACGCGCCCGGGACUUCAAUAUCGACAAAGCCAGAGAGAUUCUGUGUCAGUCCCUGACUUGGCGGAAGCAGCACCAGGUGGACUACAUUCUGGAGACCUGGAGCCCCCCGCAGGUCCUGCAGGACUACUAUGCGGGGGGCUGGCACCACCACGACAGAGACGGGCGGCCGCUGUACGUGCUCCGGCUGGGGCAGAUGGACACCAAGGGCCUGGUGCGAGCCCUCGGGGAGGAGGCUCUGCUGAGAUACGUUCUUUCCAUAAACGAAGAAGGGCUGAGACGGUGUGAAGAAAAUACAAAAGUCUUCGGUCGACCUAUCAGCUCGUGGACCUGCCUGGUGGACCUGGAGGGGCUCAACAUGCGCCACCUGUGGAGACCCGGCGUCAAGGCCCUGCUGCGCAUCAUAGAGGUGGUGGAGGCCAACUACCCCGAGACGCUCGGCCGCCUCCUCAUCCUGCGCGCCCCCCGCGUCUUCCCGGUCCUCUGGACGCUGGUUAGUCCAUUCAUUGAUGACAACACCAGAAGGAAAUUCCUGAUUUAUGCAGGAAAUGACUACCAGGGUCCCGGAGGCCUGCUGGACUACAUCGAUAAAGAGAUCAUUCCAGAUUUCCUGAGCGGGGAGUGCAUGUGUGAGGUGCCCGAGGGCGGACUGGUCCCCAAGUCUCUGUACAGGACCGCGGAGGAGCUGGAGAACGAGGACCUCCGGCUCUGGACCGAGACCAUCUACCAGUCUGCAAGCGUCUUCAAAGGAGCCCCGCACGAGAUUCUCAUUCAGAUCGUGGAUGCCUCUUCAGUGAUCACUUGGGAUUUUGACGUGUGCAAAGGAGACAUCGUCUUCAACAUCUACCACUCCAAGAGGUCGCCCCAGCCCCCCAAGAAGGACUCCCUGGGGGCACACAGCAUCACUUCCCCCGGAGGGAACAACGUGCAGCUGAUAGACCGAGUCUGGCAGUUGGGCCGGGACUACAGCAUGGUGGAGUCGCCUCUGAUCUGCAGAGAAGGGGAGAGCGUGCAGGGCUCGCACGUGACCAGGUGGCCGGGAUUUUACAUCCUGCAGUGGAGGUUCCACAGCAUGCCUGCGUGCGCCGCCACCAACCUGCCGCGGGUGGACGACGUGCUGGCCUCCCUGCAGGUGUCAUCGCACAAGUGCAAAGUGAUGUACUACACCGAGGUGAUCGGCUCCGAGGACUUCCGAGGCUCGAUGACCAGCCUGGAGUCCAGCCACAGCGGGUUCUCCCAGCUGAGCGCUGCCACCACCUCCUCCAGCCAGUCCCAGUCCAGCUCCAUGAUUUCCAGGUAGUGCUGCGGCGCCCGUGCCCAGGGCGCGGAGGGGACAGCGCGCCUCCUCGGACAGCCCGCCGCUCCCCGCCACCCGCCCGGCGGCCACACUGUGCAGACUCCUCACCCUCUAGGUAGCAGAUAGCUCUCCAGAUGGAGGCGUAGGCCUUGAGCCCAGACCGUCUCGACGGGUCGUUUUAACUCAUACUCUUUAGCCAUAGAUUUUGUACACAGUGUGCGCAAAAGCAAACCAGAGCACAAGGGCUCUUUCGAAAGCAAAGUAGUUUGUAUACAAUUAAGAGGUUGACUUCGUCUCAAAUGUUGAUGCAAAAAAUGUUUCCAGCCACCUCCACACCCUGUGCACUAGCGGAUGAAUUGCUACACCGUCCGUCCGUCCUCCGGCGGUGGUCCGCCUUCCUACACGGAGCAGGAACUGCUGGCCUGUCCCUGCACUGCGUCACGGUGUUGCCCUGCUGUCCCUGGCACGGCCCGCGGCUCAGGGGGCUGCCCACCAGGCCCCUGUCCGAGCAGCGCUGCUCCGUGGGGAGCGCUCGGGGACAGCCUGUGGGAGCAGCCCACUCGGGGCUCCUGGGCAGGUGACCUGCUGUCCUGUGGUGGGUGCGGGUGGGGCCCAGGGCUCUCGGGGGCCCCCACAGCAGCAGGAGAGCAGCGCCACCAUUAAACAGCUUCUCUUUCCUCCUCUCCACAUCUUUUUGGUACUUUCAGAGCAAGAUUUUUCUGUAGGUGAGCUCGCGCAUCAGGGAUCCUUUCCCUUUUCUUCUGGUGUCGUUCUUACCUGCAAAUGCUAAUUCUAAGCUCACUCGAGACCUGCGUGCCCUCUGCCUCCUCUUGGCUCGAUGGCAUCAGGGCCCACGUGGUUUUCCUAGUCACUAGGAGGCUGUUUUGGAGACUCAGUCGCGUUUGCCGUUUGAAGUUGUCCAGUGUUCGUCUGAGCUGAUGAGUGUUCUCGCUGCGCGGCCGCCUCAGGAGAGCGAGGGGCUGACGGGGGACCACCCCCCCCCCCCGCAUAGACGGAAACCGCCGGCUUGCGGGGCUGUGUCUGCACGUGCAGGCGUGGGGGGUGGGUGUGGCAAUGGUGGGGGAUGCACGUGUGAGUGUGCCAGUGGGUUUGUGUGUGAGUGUGGCAAUGUGUGUGGGGCAUGUGGGUGUGAGUGCGGCAGUGGGGGGCACGUGCGUGAGUCUGACAGCAUGGGGCACGUGUGUGGGGUGUGUGCGAGUGCGGCAGUGUGGGGUACGUGUGUGAGUGUGGCAGUGGGGGCUUUUGGAGUGGGUGUCAGUGCGUGGGGGGUACACAUGCGUGUGUGGCAGGGGUGGAGGUGGGGUGUGGGGUGGACGUCACUGGGGUAUUGGUGAGAAAUGGGGCAGGUGGAGAGUGGGGUCUAGUUACAAGGGAGCCUUCGUAGAAGCAGAUCAGAAUAUGAGCUGGUUUGCCUUUUGUGUUUUGUUUUGGAUUCCCAGUUCCCAAGCAUGGUGUUCUCGUGUUGGUCCGUGUUUUUUCAGCUUUUUAAAUGGGAAAAGCAGGUCAUUUGAGAAUCUGUCUGGAUGUUGCGUUGGGUUAGUGUUUGUGAUAAAGAUGUGAUGUGUGGUGGUGGGUGUUGGAAGAGUUUGUGUUUUUAAAGAUACGAGCCCAAAGCCGCGUGGCUGUUAGCGACAGGUGUGAGGCACGGAAGCCUGGGCCGCUUUGCUUCCCAUCUGCUCCCAGGGCCUGCGGCGGGUGGCCAUGGUGUGGACAAGUGUGUGGAGGGCGUGGGUGCCCUGUGGGUGAGCCCCAGCGGGCUCUGGAGGAAUGCCCGGGCGGUGAGGCCCGUGAGGCGGCCCGCACACUAAAGACUGGGCUUCUCCGUGGUUGCCGGCCUUCCUGGAGUUGUUCCCUUUGAAAAGAUAGGUUCAGCACGGCACCUAAAGCCUUGUUUCCAGAAAGCACAUUAGGGUUAGGUAGCGCCCCUGUGCUGCUUCCAAUCAGUGCUUCCUGCUUCUAAAUUAUAAGGACCUGAAGGUGGUCCCUUCCCUCUCUCUCUCUCUCUCUCUCUCUCUCUCUCUCUGUGUCUCAGAUGGCGGUUUUGCUGACAGCUGCCAAGAACACGCUUCCCUCCACAGGCCACCUCAGCCCAGGGAUGUUUGUAGAACUAUCUGAGUUGCAGCCGUCCCUCCCUUCCCCAGUCUGAAGACGUGUUCGUUUUAAGUUGACUCAGAAGUGGCCCUGUCUUGUCCCCAGAGAGUCGAACGCGUCUCUAAGAGUUCAAAGCACAUCACUGCGCAGACGCCGGCAGGGUUGCUCACAAGUGACGAGGCACCUGCUUCUCCUCGGAGGGGGCCGCGGCACGUGGACCCGGCCGUGCCCCUCCUUCCAGGCCCUGCAUUUCUUACUCUCCGCCUUUCUUCUGCACUAAGGGUUCUUUUGGUUUCCCCAAUGUUACUAGUGUCUUAACUCACUUUUCUUCCUCAAUCCUUUAUUUGCAUAUCAAAUUCUGUAAAUGUUUUGUAAACAUAUUACCUCACCUUUGGUAAUACAAUACUGAUAGUCUUUAAAAGAUUUUUUUACUGUUAUCGAUAAUAAAUGUGAACUGUUUAAAGACGA